CGGGAGGGAGCGGACGGCCGGGCUGGGGAAGGCGGCUGACAGUCCCCGCCCUGCCGCACACGUGCUGCGGCAGCGGGCGCGCGCACCGGGCUCGCCCCGGGGUCCCGGGAGGCGCGGAGGGGCGGGCGCGGUGGCCAGUGCGCGCGCGCUGCGCGGAGCCGAAUCCGGGUCAGGCCGGGUGAGGCGCUCCGCAGCCGGGGCAGUAGUUGGCAGCCCGGUGCCCGGUGCCCCGGGGCUCGGCGCACGGGGUUGGAUCGAUGGCGGGGGCAGGCGGCCUUCUGCCGCCCAGCUGCAGCCCCAGUCCGGUCCUCCUUAGUGAACGCAGCAGCCUUCCUCACCUGCACUGACCGCCCGGGAAGUUCUUUUUCCCUAGGAUCCUGUAGUCUUGUUGGCGUGGUUUCUGGGACUGCCGGGUAGUUUGAAGGAAGAGGGUGAGACGCUGAAAGGAUUCGGGGUUUCCACUCCAAAUGGUACAGCAAGCUCCUAAGGCAGUUUACAUCCGCGCGGACCGGUCUGGCUUUUGCAGGUCCUGCAUUUCCCCCAAGCCGCAGGGAUAUGUGGUGCGCAGCCUUCCCUUCGGAGAAUUGCUUUCACAGAAACCAGUAACGCCAUGAAGUCCAAUCCAGCCAUCCAAGCUGCCAUUGACCUCACGGCAGGGGCCGCAGGGGGCACAGCAUGCGUACUGACUGGGCAGCCCUUCGAUACGAUGAAGGUGAAGAUGCAGACAUUUCCAGGCCUCUACCGGGGCCUCAGUGACUGCUGCCUGAAGACCUACUCUCAGGUGGGCUUCCGUGGCUUCUACAAGGGCACCAGCCCCGCACUGAUUGCCAACAUAGCAGAGAACUCGGUGCUCUUCAUGUGUUACGGCUUCUGCCAGCAGGUGGUCCGCAAAGUGGUUGGAUUGGACCGGCAGGCAAAACUGAGUGACCUUCAGAAUGCAGCCGCUGGUUCCUUUGCCUCUGCCUUUGCCGCGCUGGUUCUCUGCCCCACAGAGCUUGUCAAGUGCCGGCUACAGACCAUGUAUGAAAUGGAGACAUCGGGAAAGAUAGCCGCCAGCCAGAACACAGUUUGGUCAGUUGUGAAGGAAAUCUUUAGGAAGGAUGGCCCCUUGGGCUUCUACCAUGGCCUCUCAAGCACUUUACUUCGGGAAGUGCCAGGCUACUUCUUCUUCUUCGGUGGCUAUGAACUAAGCAGAUCAUUCUUCGCAUCAGGGAGAUCAAAAGAUGAACUAGGUCCUGUCCCGUUGAUGCUAAGCGGUGGAUUUGGUGGGAUUUGCCUGUGGCUUGCUGUGUAUCCGGUGGAUUGUAUCAAAUCUAGAAUUCAAGUUCUUUCUAUGACUGGAAAGCAGACAGGACUCAUCAGAACCUUCCUGAGUAUUGUGAAGAAUGAAGGAAUAACAGCCUUGUAUUCUGGACUGAAACCCACUAUGAUCCGCGCAUUCCCUGCCAAUGGGGCACUGUUUUUGGCCUACGAGUACAGCAGGAAGUUGAUGAUGAACCAGUUGGAAGCAUGCUGAAGUGUCCUGAUGUGCCUGGAUUCAAGGCAGACGUUUAGUGACUGGUUAACUCAGGGUUUCAGGGGAGUACAAGAACAAUGUGGAAUUAUGUGAUUCAUUGGGACUUUGUCCUUGUCUUCCCUUCUUCUGUUCAAAGUCUCGGAUUUUGUGGAUGGUCCUCCAUUCUACACAGUAUAAUUUCUGCCUAUUAUUGCACCAAAACAGAAAAGUCACUGUUCUUAUUCUUGGUGGAGUGUACAGGGGAGCUGGUGGCCUCCUGCACAGGGGAGCUGGUGGCCUAUGCACAGGGAUGCUGGUGGCCUAUGCACAGGGAUGCUGGUGGCCUCCUGCACAGGGAUGCUGGUGGCCUCCUGCACAGGGGAGCUGGUGGCCUAUGCACAGGGAUGCUAGUGGCCUAUGCACAGGGAUGCGGGUGGCCUAUGCACAGGGAUGCUGGUGGCCUCAUGCACCGGCCUUACGUACUGGCCGUGUACAGACCGUGUUCUUCUCAGGACAACUUCGGUGGAAGUCAGCAGUACACAUGCAAUUUAGAUGGUCCUGUCACCACAGGAAAACAAAACUUUGUGUUUAAUUAUCAAUGGUGACCAAUUUUUAUGUAGGUUGUUGUAAAUGAUGGCUUAUAAAUGAUCCUAGGUAAAGAGAGGGCUGCUGCUAAAAGCCGCAGAGCCCGUGCACUAAGAGGCUAACGUUUUUUUUAACUUUUUAUGGUAUACUAAAGCUAAAACAUCCCUCUAUAUUUUUAGAUAACCUUAUAUGCGUAGCCUUGUGUGGCUUCUAUGUUCCUGAUGAAGUUUCUGUGGGCAUCCCAGGCUUUUCCCAUGAUGUUCAUUCCCUCAGAGUGCAGUUCACCUUCUAGUGGGCUUCUCAUUCUGCACUCUGGUACUGGGUGGUGUGGCCCGAGUGCUAGACCUCUGGAGGGCAGCAGAGGACUCACCGGCUCCCUUCUCACUAGCUUCCUCCCUCUGUGCUACUCCUGAACCACAGAGACUGCCCUGCCCUGCUCUCAUGAAAACCAACAGAGAUUCUUACCUGGUCUCAGCAGGAAUCCAGGGUGCUCUUAUGGUACUGGAUCUGAGGCCACUCUGAGCCCACUGUCUCUCUGCCUCCACCAAUCAGAAGGCCUUCCAGGAAGCAGAGAGGAAGUCUGGGCUGUCCCUGCUUUGAUCACAGGGUUCUACUAAUGGGGAAAUCCAAAGGAGCUCAUUAGUUAGGCACCUUCCUGAAGUUCACUUUCGGGUCCACAGCUUCUUGAUUUGCUUCUAGAUUUGGAGCUGGCAGUUUAUGAAUUUCAGUGACUGUAGAUGAUAUGUAACUCUGGAAAGCAUUGUGACAUAAUAAAAAUAUUUUUAUUAAACUAGGUAGUAUGUAUGUAGCAACCAAAAAACUCGACCUCACAUUUCGUCUUACCCCAAGACACAGGGAUGGAUAAUUCUUUGGCUGUAAGGUCUUAUCACCGCAGAGACCAGGCACAUGGGAGGUCUUAUCACCACGGAGACCAGGCACAUUGUCUGUACCACUCCAAGACCAGGGGGAUGGCAGCAGCAGCUGCUUCUACUCUGCCUAUAGAGCUGAGGGAAGUUGGUUGACCUUGCCACAGUGCCAGGAGGACAGGAGUCAGGAAAGCAAAGAUUUCCAGAAAGGGAGGGAUACGUGUCAGCAUUCCCGGAGAGAGCUCAGCAUUCACGAAGAAUUCACGAAGUCUGUCUACUCCAGUGCUCUCUGUUCUUGUAUGAUCAAUGACUACCAAGUGAUGCUUCAUCUGAACUGGUGUGGAUUGAAGCAAGCCUAGGACUGGCUUCCUGCAGGAAAAGAACUGACCAAAGCAAAGCUUUCCCUUUCAGUGCCUGGGGUCUAGUGCACAUUACUCUUGUUGGUAGUGUGUCUCCUCAGUCUGUCCAUUAUGGUCUCUCCCAUAGAGAGAGUCGGGAACAAGAGGAAGUGAAAAAUAGAGGCCUAAGGAGAAUUUUUUUUUUAAAAAAAUUAUUCUGUUGAUUUGAUUUGUGGUUUCAUGUUUGAGUGCAGUUGUAAUUGAGACAAAACUAGAACUUUGAGAUAUUUUGUUUAAAGAAAUGAGUGCUCUGUCAUUAUUAGAUAAACCUAAUGUGAGUCUAUGAUGAGUUUCACUUAAAUACACUGUAUUUAUAUUAAGGACCCAUAUUAAAGAGUUAUGGAUAAUAA